AAACACAUAAAUAUUUUCAAAGAAAAUUAGCAAAAACACAAUUAUUAGGAAUCUAUUUUUUUUAAGCCGAAAAGCAGUCUCCAUUCCCUUUCACUCUCUCUAUCUUCCAUCGCAGCGUUUCUCAGAGUACAAGUGAAUGUUAAAGUACUCGAUUAACCUAUGGUCUACAGAUCAAGAUAUCGAUUAAUUUGAUAAGAUUUGGAGGCAAAUAAGCUAUGGAUAAUGAAGAAGCUGCGAUCAGGAUUGACUUUUUGCAAUUCCUUGAGACUGAUGUGUCUGUUCAUAUCAUGAGUUUCUUGGAUGACCCUGCUGAUGUAGUUCGUGCAAGUGCUGUCUCACGCAAUUGGCGCAAAUUUGUUAAUUAUGGGCGUAUAGUAAUACUGAAUUACAUGUUUAGACUUCGAGCCGCUACUGUUAGCUUCUCUUUUUGCCUUUUGGAAGCGUUGGUUGGUUAUUCAGAUUCUCGGUGCUGGCAAUCUAGUACUCCUCAGAAUCGUAAAGUGGCACAUUAUGUGAUUACACUGCAUUACAUAAGCCGCAUAGUGAUUUCAAAUGGACUUGCUAAACAUUUCUGCAUAAGAGCCUUCCCCCAACUUUCCGAGAUAGUGAAGAUAACCGAAGUGAACCAAGGAAAGAUGAAUUUGCUCACGUCAGAAGCAAGAAGUUCUCCUGGACUAGACUUUCUCGAGAGGCAGCACAAGAUUUAUGCGUCCCUUCAUCGGACGAUUACGAAAGCGAAAGUUCCCCCGAGAGAUUGCAUAGAGACUGCAGUUAGCGCGUCCAGCACUGACCGAAUGCCGGACGAGAGCAUAUUGAACACCCUGAAUCCGAGGGACAGAUUCAUAAGAACAGCUUCUUACUGGUCCAGCAAAGGGCAGAGUGAUCCUUCUGUGCCCGAGACUUUGGUUUAUAAAUUGAAAUCCGGUAUUUGGGUUAUUACUGAGGUCGACAUUCAGCCGUUCGAAGCUUUUUUCCAGCUAGGAAGUCCUGUAUACUCUGCAAAGUCCGUGAGGUUUCGAUUAGGUAAUCUGAAACCCUUAAGCGAUAUUGGAGGAAGCCAGCUCGGAGAUCUCCCAUUGGAAAAACCUGCUGACGACAUGUUUGAAUGGACCUACACUUCACCUGAACUAAUGUCCUGCAACAAUUUAAGCUACCAGAACCCAUCCUUUGCAUCGAGGGAUAUUUACAGAUUGAGCUACUCGGCAGGCGUGUGUUACGUUCGAGCCUUAGGCCGGUCUCUUUCUCCUGCAUUCAACAUGGAUGUUCUCGAGCCAUACGGGUUCAAAAAGCUUGUACUGAGGUACGACCCGGAAUAUCUGGUCCAUCUUCUAGAAUGUUCCUCGAGUGAUGAUUUGAUCCGUUUGGGACAAGUGGAAGAUGACAGUAGACUGUUUGACCAAUUGGGUUUGCUUCAGAAUUUGCUGCUCGGGUUCCGUGGUGGCGAGAAUUGCAAAUUUGGUCUGCAUGGUGUGUGGGGAGUUAACCAUGUAGGUUACAGUGAAAUGGAGAUCGGCCGAGAUUUCAUGGAGUCCUUCAGUGCUGAUAUAACAUUUAACAUCCUCAAACUAUUAAGUGAUCCAUCUGAUAUCAUAAGGGCUAGUGCUGUUUCACGAUCUUGGCGCCAUUUCGUGAUUGCAACUGGCCUUUGCAAAAAGCUAUGGUUGAAAAAAGUUCCUCAAGUCAGGUACAUCACAUGUUCACUUGAAGAAAAUGACGGUAUAAUUAAACUAACGAACCUCGAAUCUGAAAACACCGUCAACUGGAGGACUCUCGAGAUUGAGCAUAAAUUCUUUUCUUCUCUAAACCGCGCUUUCUCAAAGCCCGUAACUUCUCCAAAAUGCAUUCUUGCAUUCCCUGUUGGCGCCUCCAGCACUGACCGGGACCCACCAGUGACUAUUAUUAAUACACUCUCUCCCGAGCAGCGUUCUUUCUGGUCCAGUAAAGGACAGAAUGACCAUAAUGCCCCCGAGUAUCUGUUGUACAGGCUAACCACUAGUAUAAGCAUUGUGACCGAAGUUCAUAUACGACCUCUUGAAGUAUUUUGGGAGAAUGCUCGACCUGUUUACUCGGCAAGGUCAGUGAGGUUUCUAAUGGGUCACCCGAAAUCGGUAGCUGAUGUGGAGAUUGGUAUAUGUCCGCUUGAUCGACCUUCGCUCGACAAGUAUGUGUGGACAUAUGUUUCACCGUGGUUUUCCAUGAAACAGAAAUCAUGUUUGCAAAAAUUCAAGCUGCCAGAACCUGUUAUCUGCAUCGGGGGGAUUUUUUUGAUUGAGCUGCUCGGGAGGGCCCAGAAAGACAAUGCAGAUGGACUGUUUUAUAUUCGGUGA